CUGCAACCAAAGAAGAAACAGGUUCGGAUGAUGAUUUUCGCAAAAAGUUAAAGUCAUUCACAUGCGAAUGGCUGAACCGACCUAGCGUAGCCUUGUCAGAGUCAUCCGAAACACUUGAAACCAACUCUGAGACAAUUGAGGAAAACUUGCCGUUGCUUGGCGAUAAGAAGCUCAACAACAUGGUAAAAGACCGAAUAUCUAAAGUGAAGGAAUCGUUACAACCCUUUAAUAGAAAAUCUGAACAAGAAAAACCCUAAAAGUCAAAAUUGAAAAAAGUUACUUUGGCAGUAACAGGUGCUACGCUGCCCGAAAAGGAUGAAGAAGUAAUUAAAUUAAUGCACUAAUGUCACAAUGUCUUAUAAUUCUCAUUUUAUAUUUAGAUAUUCGAUAAGUACUUAGAUGUCGCCCUAAAGACUGGUGCAGCGCUGUACUUAACGUCACUUCAUCUAAAAUGCGCUCGAUUCGUCCAUACGAAUUUACCCUUUGUUGCGGAGCAAGGUGGAGCAGGGAAAGAAAGUUGGAAAACGUUCAAGGACAAACCGACUUUAAAAAAUUAUUACGACUUGUGCAUGGAUAAGUCACCAAGCACGUCUGCUUCAUCUUCCUCCGCUUCAAAGAGGUCUUUAUUGGACAUGCUUAAUGACGUAGACGAGGAGGACAGCGUUGCACCAAUUGAAGAAGCAGAAAAAGAGUCAAAGAAAAAGAAAAGAAGAACCAAGAAGAAGUAAUAGGAUUGACAAGAUGUUGUAUUAUUUACAUUGCAUACACAUCGUACAUACAUAGAUUUUGUAAAGAUUUAUUACAAUAUUAAUUACUGUGUUAAAAUGGCGUUAAAGUUUGUACCUUAAAUCAUAUUUUUUUAUACUUAGACUAUUUUCAGAACAAAGGACACAAAAUGUUACGGCGGAAAUAAUGUAGCGCUUCUGAAACUGGAAAAUACUGCUCUAUAAUAAUAGAUAUAUAUAUAAUAUAUAUAAUAUAUAUAUAUAUAUUUUAGUACAAAGAAAUACGUACGCAUAAAGUACUAUUUUAAACUUAUUUUUAAUUGAAAGACAUUAAAUUGCACAUCAUGGAAAGGGAAAACACAAAAAGGAAACGAUCUUCAGUGAGACAUUUAUUAACUUAUUCACUACUUGUUAAGAAAUUUACUAUAUUUUAUUUUUUGCAUUAUUUACUUAUAUAUUUUUUACGCGAUUUUUAAUAACUUUAAUAACUUUAGAAACCGCUGAAUCCAUUGACUUCUCAUACAUGGUCGAAAAGGCGCUGUCAUCUGCUACUUCACGACGAAAAAGUAUAUUCUUUUUUGUAUUAAAUAGCAUUACUACAUUAUGCGAUAACUAUUUAGAUAAAGGAAAGAACAGAAGCAAAAAGUGAGGAAGAUUUACACAGAAAAGACUGGUUGGAAAUUUGCAAAACGCAAUUUUCCUUAAAUCGUGUUUAUUCACCUUCCAUAAACCAUAUUCCGUUACAAACAGGAAAGGAAAUACGACACUGGUGCUGCCAAUAUGCUUGGACAUUUUGUGAACAAUGCCAAAUGCUCCAAAGAGACAAAAUGUUACCUAAUUAUUGCAGAAUGAAAAAAUUAUCAAAGAUUUCAACGUGCGAACGUGGUGACAAUAAAUAUAAUGUACCACGAAUGUGCAACGUCCCUACGCCGUUGGUGUAUCUCAGUCAAGAGGAAGAACAAAUUCUUUCACUAUUCACCGUUGAUGUGGGCAAAUACAAGAAAGAAAAACAUGGUUAUCGUGUUAAAACCGCCGGAUUUUCCAUCUAUACGCGUACAGAGCCAGUUUCAGUGCGAAUUGAACGUGUAGAAGACACAAACCAAAGAAAUAAUUGCAAGCUGCAUAUAGUUAUUUACAUGCAAAUACAAAUUCAACUUACAGGUUUCAUUUCUUCCAUAUCUUUGGUCCUUUAUGUAAUUCUUACAAACGCUGUAUUUUAAUUCAUUACUUCUUUUUAGCCAUUACGAGCAAAUUGUCAGUGAUAUGGAAUGUGCUUCCAAAAUACCUUUUUGGAGAAUCUUCAGAAUGGAAGGCAUAGAAUGUGCAAUUUGGCCUUGCAAAUAUUACAACGCCAACUUGUGUGAAAGCACAAUUGAGGGUGGCUCAGGCAGGCUAAGUGCAAAAAAAGCAUUUAUUUUAAAAUGCUGUAGUGAAAUUAUUGAUUAUUCCGUUAAUUUUGAACUCCUACAAUAUCAGUAUGAUCGUUGGAUGUACAAAACAGUUUCUGGUGCUAUUGAAAGUGGAAAAAAAUUUGGAUCUACUCCAGUGGCAUCCCUAGAUCGCAAAAUUUUUAGCAGUGGUUACUGGAAAUGGCAACAUCGAUACUUGCUAGAUGCUGUGCGGCAGUUUGGAUAUCCCAAACUUUUUAUGACUAUUUCACCAUACGAGUGGACAUUUCCUAAGGUACUUUCACUUUAAUUAUGAAAGUUGUUGUAAUGAAAAUAAUUUUUAUAAAACAUACUUUUAGCCACCGUGGUUGGAAGAAAUAAUGGAACUCACUCAACGUACGCCAACAAACUUGUCGGGUCCAGAAACUUUGCAUAUUGCACACGUACUAGAGCAAAUUAUGAGAGGGUACAUGUACGGCUCAAACACAAAUAAGUGGCGACACCACCUCUUUACAGAUAUCAGGUCAGUUGAACUUUUGUUCUACAACAGACACCUUCAUAUACAAUUUUCUCAUUUUUUUAUAUUUGUUAUAUUUAGACACCCUGAACGUUCCAAUCUACACACAUAUUUUUACCGUUUCGAAUUUAUGCACAAAGGAACGCUUCAUUGCCAUACCCUGGUAUGCCCCAAAAAUAUGAAGAGCAUGGAUGUGUCGCAAAUAACCGCUCGCAUGAAAAUGAAGACUACGAUUUUCAGGUAAUUACUAUCGUUACAUUUUAUCAUAAACAAUUAAACAUAUCGUUUCGCAAAUACGC